UGCAGCUUGGCGUGUCGACCGAGAUGGUGGUGCCCCAUACGCUCAAGACGUCUAUUUCGCACGUGACGCGCGUUGCCGAGAAGGGCUACGCCGAGUACAUUGUGCAAGCGAUCGACCGCCGCGGCGCGUGGGUGCUCUGCCGCCGCUACUCGCAGUUUCGGGAGCUCCGGAACGCGCUCAGGAGCAUCCCGCUCUGCCCUUCGUGCACAUCGCUCGUCGCCAACAACUACAUCACCAAGCGGUUUCCGCGCAGGCGGCUCUUUUCAACAAAUUCCGAGCGGACAAUCGAAGAACGGCGCGUGCUGCUCGCUCUCUUCCUCGACGUCGUCACGCUGGGCGUUCGGGUCUGCGGUGACGCUUCCUGCAUGACGCGCGAUCUCGUGCACAACUUUUUAGUCAUGCCCCAUGAAGAGCCGGGCCCGCGUCUUCUCGGCCUUGCGAGUGAUCCGUGGAGCGUCCCGCUUCUCACCGAGACGCCCGAGCUCUGCAGCAGCGACACUUCGCCAGUGCUUGGCUACACGAAAAAAGACCGACCGCGCACCAAGCUGGUCGCGGGACCAGUGGGAAAGGCCAACGUGUCGAUGCGCGCCCGCAUUGCGCGCUUACGGCAGCGGUCCGCGACCAAGCCGGCCCGCUCACGCAGCAAGAUGGAGACCACCUUGGCGACGAUUCAGGAAGGCUGUCCCGACACUUCACUGAGCUUCUAG